CACUGAUACAUUGCACUGAUAGGCGGCAGGCUGGCACUGAGGCGGUGCACUGACUGGCACUGAUUGGCAUUGAUAGGUGGCACUGACUGGCACUGAUGUGUGACACUGAAAGGCAGCUCAGAUGGGCACUAUGUGGCAUUGAUGUGCACUGGUAGGCACUGAUAUGUGGCACUGAUGGGGACUGGCACGAGGCACUGAUGAGCACUGACAGCUGGCACUGCUCGGGCUACACUGAUCAUCAUGGCACACUGAUCAUCAGUGCCCUGAUGAUCUCUGAUCACAUGACCAAUCUGACAUCUUCGGCUCUUUCCGUGAUCGGUGAUCCGCUGUGUCCGAGGGACACAGCGCAU